CAGACAGACAAGGGAGACAGGAGACAUCUGCAUUCCGCGCAGCAUCUGGAGCUCUCAUCUCGCGUGCAGCGUCCGUGGAGAGCCGAGCGAUGCCCCGGGGCCACCGUUCAGCUCGCUCAGCGGAGGAGCGGCACCGGUCACCGACCCCGGACGGCGCGGCGACUCGGUCCGUCCCGUCAGCCGGCAGCGGGACGCGCCGCCGCGCCGGGCAGUCGGCAUCGGUUCGCGGUGCGCGCUGAAAUGCUGUGCGGUCCGGUCACCUUUCGUGCAGUCUCUCCAGUGCCAGCAAAGAGUGGUCAAAUUCGAGCCCAGUGAGAACGAGUGUCGGUGAUAUUCGUGCGUAUUUACUAUAGAUCGCUAUUGCGAGCGUAGCGGUGAAGACGGCGGCCUCCAGUCGUGUCCGAAUCGUCUCCGUGAAUAAGCGUAUCCGACUAUCUGCUGGCGACUGAAAUGUACGCAAGGUGAUCUGGAUCGCUGAGACGCCUCGGAUGAGCAGCUGAGGACGCCCACCAGGCCGUGCCCUCCGUCCCGGCCCGUGCUCGGCCUCUCGUCUCCCGGUCGGCCGCGAUGUCCCAGUGGUCGGGCCCGGCCGGCGCGGCGUCCUGCUGGCCGGCCCAGUCGGCGCGGCGGCCGCUGCGCUCGCUACUGGCCGUCGGUCUGCUGGUGCUGCUGCUGGCCGCAGGCGUGGUGCUGGUGCUACUGGUGCUGCCCGGCGCCGACGACUCGCCGCUGCCCCUCUCCUGUGAGCGGCACGAUGCCCGCAUGGAGGUACUGCCGCUGCCUGCGGAGCCCGCCGGCGACGAGGCCCUGGUGCAGGAGCUGUUCACCUACCUAGCGCAGCCCUCGCCGUCCGCAUGCCAGAGGGACCUGGCCAUCGGAGCUCACGUGAUCCGCGCGCCGAGCGGCCGGAACGCCAUGCUGUGGGGCGGCCGGCACCUCUGUUUCGACCCCGAGUUCUCUCUGGUCGACGACCGGUGUCUGGUGUACGCCGUCCGGCCGCCCGAGGACGCCUCGUUCGACGUCGCCGCCGACGCGUACGGCUGCGAGACGCACUCGUUCGGGCCCGAGUCGGCGCCGGCCGCCGAGCCGCUGCUGGGCCGCCAGGUGGGGGUGCGCCACCACCGGGAGGAGGGCGCCGCCGGCCGGCUCGACGACUGGGUGCGCCGGCUCGGCCACCGGCGCCGGCCCAUCAGCUACCUGUCGCUCACACUGGACGCCGACGGGUUCUCCCGGUUCCUGGAGGAGCCGCCGCGGGCGCUGGCCGACAGCGUGCGUCAGCUGGGCGUCCGGCUGGACGUGCGGCCGGUGACCCGGGCCGGCGCCGGUGCCAGCGGGCACGACCUGGACGCCCUGAGGCGGCUGUACAGAGGUCUGCUCCGGCUGCAGCAGCUCGGCUUUUACCCGUUCGCGUACGACUUUCUGGAUGGACUGGAGAUGGGUGAGCUGCGGAUCUCCGGCCUGGACGCGCCCGUGCAGCGGGUUCUAGAGGUCUCGUGGGUGAGAACCGCCUGCCUGUGAGCGAACAGUCAGUGGUGCGAACAUUACCAGCCGAACUGUGAACCGAACUGUGAGCCGUUGUACAAAUACCCAGCAAAUAAUACACGAGUCGCGUUUUA